AUGGAUACUGACGAUGACGCUGAUGAAGUCCCUCUUACAAGUUAUGACCUUCAGCUCAGCAUUCAGGAAUCCAUUGAAGCCAACAAGACCGCACUUUAUCCUGAAAGUUUUGUACCCCUAAGUGACCAAAACAGGAAGCUUGUAAAGGCCAUAAAACAAGGUCACAUUCUCAAGCUCCAGGGCUAUGUGAAGUACAAAUACGCGCUGGAUGAAGCUGAUGAGAAGGGGUGGUUUCCACUACAUGAAGCUGUUGUUCAACCCAUUCAACAAAUACUUGAGAUUGUUCUGGAUGAAUCCUACAAGACACUCUGGGAGAUCAAGACCUGUGAUGGAGAAACACCCUUGACUCUGGCAGUCAAAGCUGGACUUGUCGACAACGUUAGAACUUUACUAGAAAAGGGAGUGUUGCCAGACACCAAAAAUGACAAAGGAGAGACACCCCUUCUGAUUGCUGUGAGAAAGGGCUCCUACGACAUGGUAUCUGCUCUGAUUAAACACAACUCCAACCUGGACCAGCCCUGCGUCAAGCGAUGGUCAGCCAUGCACGAAGCAGCCAAACAAGGGCGCAAAGAUAUCAUCGCGUUGCUGCUAAAGCACGGAAGAGGGAGUGUCCACCUGCGAGAUGGAUUCGGAGUCACACCCUUAGGCGUUGCUGCUGAGCACGGCCACUGUGACGUGUUAGAGCACCUCAUCCACAAAGGUGGUGAUGUAUUUGCUUUGGCGGAUGAUGGAGCAUCAGUGUUGUUCGAGGCUGCAGGAGGAGGCAAUCCAGACUGUAUUUCCCUCCUGCUGGAAUAUGGAGGAAGUGGAAAUGUGCCCAACAGAGCAGGGCAUCUCCCUAUACAUCGAGCUGCCUACGAGGGGCACUAUCUGGCUUUGAAAUAUCUUAUCCCAGUAACAUCCAGAAAUGCCAUCCAGAAAAGUGGCCUGACCCCGAUCCACUCGGCCGCGGAUGGACAGAACGCGCAGUGCCUGGAGCUGCUCAUUGAACACGGUUUUGAUGUCAACGCCCUGCUCGCCGAACACAUUUCGGAGAGCUAUGACGACGGGAGGAAGACGGCGCUGUAUUUUGCUGUGUCUAAUAACGACGUGCGGUGCACAGAGGUCCUCCUGGCUGCAGGCGCGGAUCCCAACCUGGAUCCCCUCAACUCCCUGCUCGUGGCUGUCAGAGCCAACAGCCAUGAGAUCGUCCGGCUGCUGCUGGCCCAUGGAGCUGACGUCAACUGUUACUUCAUGCGUGUCAACGACACCCGCUUCCCCAGUGCCAUUCAGUACGCUCUCAAUGACGAGGCCAUGCUCAGACUCUUGCUGAACCAUGGUUACCAAGUGGAGCUGUGCUUUGAGUGCAUGCACGGGGACAUCUUCGGAAACUCCUUCGUGUGGUCACAGAUAGAAGAAGAGGUGCUGCCUGGGUGGACGUCGUCUGUGAUCAAAGACAAUCCGUUCUGUGAGUUUAUUACAGUUCCUUGGAUGAGACACUUGGUGGGCAGUGUUAUCCGCAUCCUGAUAGACUAUAUGGAUUACGUUCCCCUGUGUGCCAAACUGAAGUCUGUGCUGGAAGUACAAAGAGAGUGGCCAGAAAUCCAACAAAUAUUAGAGAAUCCUUGUUCAUUAAAACAUUUGUGCCGAUUAAAAAUUCGAAGACUGAUGGGCCUGCAGAGACUCUGCCAGCCAACGUCCAUGGAGAUGCUUCCUCUACCACCAAUUAUACGAAGAUAUUUAUUAUUUAAAGAAUACGAUCUCUACGGACAGGGGCUGAAAUUGCCAUAG